AACAUCGGAUCAAUUGUCUAUAGAAAUGAGAACAUCAAGAAAGGUGCAGAAGUGGGGAAAGAGUGGCUGAAUGAUAUGCAUAUGGGAGUCUCUCUGCAGGAAUAUUACAACCCCAAUCAGUCUAUGUUGGAAUUGGUAUUUGCACCUGCAGAAGAGUGGAUAAAUCGCAGUGACUCAGAAAUUAUUGAUGCUACAAUGAAGGAACUAGCAAAACUUUUCCCUGAUGAAAUUUCGGCAGAUCAGAGCAAAGCAAAAAUAUUGAAGUAUCAUGUUGUCAAAACUCCAAGGUCUGUUUAUAAAACUGUGCCAGGUUGUGAACUCUGUCGGCCCUUGCAAAGAUCUCCUAUUGAGGGGUUUUAUUUAGCUGGUGACUACACGAAACAGAAGUACUUGGCUUCAAUGGAAGGUGCUGUCUUAUCAGGAAAGCUUUGUGCCCAAGCUAUUGUACAGGAUUACGAGUUACUUCUUGGCCGGAGCCAGAAGAAGUUGGCAGAAGCAAGCGUAGUUUAGCAUAGUGAACUAAAGUGUUGCUUCUGAAUACUAAAUUUAAGAUGAAGGCGGCCACACUGAAUUAGCGUUGUACACAACAUAUACAAGCACAGUACAACAUUGAACCCAAAUACGAGAAAUGUUACACAAAAUAUGUGCUGCUUUCCCUCCGA